AUGCUUUUUAAAGAUAUUUCAAGGUACUUAUUACUGCCUAUAUUGCUUGAAAUUAAAGCAGUCAGUGCUGCUGAUGCAAGUACUGGAGGUGUUGGCUGUGCUUAUGGGUCAGAAGUUGGUACAAUUGAUGGCUUUGGUGCUACUUUUUAUUCUUAUCCUCUCAGUGGUAGUGCAGCUGGAAAUACAGCCGAUGGAAGUGUUAGUACUGCAUUUUUUCAGUCUAGCUUUAGUGAAUACGGUUUAUAUGGAAGCACUACUGGCGUGACCCUACCAGUGGUCAGUUAUGAUGGUGGGGCUCCAAAUGCCAUGACAUCCAUUUUCGGAAUUUCAGUUACCGGUAAUCAUUUUGCUCUUGAAUUGGAUGGAUAUUUCUAUGCAGAAACAUCAGGAAUCUACACAUUAAAGCUAACAGAUGUUGAUGAUUAUGUUGCCGUUUGGUUUGGUUCUGGUUUGGAUUGCUGUGAUACAUCAUCUUCUGACAAUAGUAUUGCACCUGACUUUGCUACAGGACGAAGUCUAAACUCAAACACUAAUGGUGGAACAACAUAUUCAGUUUACCUAUCUGCCGGUUCAUAUUAUCCAAUUAAGAUAAGAUUUGCAAACGUUGUUGUGGGAGCAUAUCUUGACUUUAGUAUUAUUGAUGCUUCAGAGAAUGAAAUCACAAACUUUGAUGGUUAUGUGUAUCAAUUUGUUAAUAUUGAUGAUUCUUGUUCUACUAUUAUCGCUAAACUUCCUUUAGCUACUACCACGGUCACAACGGAUGUGACACAUACUACAUCAACAACAGAACUUACCAUCUAUACAUCUAAUGGGGAGACAAUUACUAGUAGUAUCAUUGUUAUUGAAGACCCUCCAUUAUCUACAUCCACUGUUUACACUGAUAUCCAAACACCUUUAACAACAACUACAUACACAACUUAUAUAUCUGAUGAUGUCGAGGAACCACCCCUUACUACGACUACUGUCACAACCGAUGUCGCUGCAGUUACUACUACAACUGAUGUCAGUACUUACAUAUCCGACAAAAAGACAUAUACAACUAGUGUUGUCGUGGUCGAGGAACCACCCCUUACUACGACUACUGUCACAACCGAUGUCGCUGCAGUUACUACUACAACUGAUGUCAGUACUUACAUAUCCGACAAAAAGACAUAUACAACUAGUGUUGUCGUGGUCGAGGAACCACCCCUUACUACGACUACUGUCACAACCGAUGUCGCUGCAGUUACUACUACAACUGAUGUCAGUACUUACAUAUCCGACAAAAAGACAUAUACAACUAGUGUUGUCGUGGUCGAGGAACCACCCCUUACUACGACUACUGUCACAACCGAUGUCGCUGCAGUUACUACUACAACUGAUGUCAGUACUUACAUAUCCGACAAAAAGACAUAUACAACUAGUGUUGUCGUGGUCGAGGAACCACCCCUUACUACGACUACUGUCACAACCGAUGUCGCUGCAGUUACUACUACAACUGAUGUCAGUACUUACAUAUCCGACAAAAAGACAUAUACAACUAGUGUUGUCGUGGUCGAGGAACCACCCCUUACUACGACUACUGUCACAACCGAUGUCGCUGCAGUUACUACUACAACUGAUGUCAGUACUUACAUAUCCGACAAAAAGACAUAUACAACUAGUGUUGUCGUGGUCGAGGAACCACCCCUUACUACGACUACUGUCACAACCGAUGUCGCUGCAGUUACUACUACAACUGAUGUCAGUACUUACAUAUCCGACAAAAAGACAUAUACAACUAGUGUUGUCGUGGUCGAGGAACCACCCCUUACUACGACUACCGUCACAACCGAUGUCCCCUCGCCAACUACCAUGACUGCCGUUACUACCUACACUUCUGGUGGAAAGGCUGUUACCAGCAGUUACCUCCUUGUCGAAGAGCCUGCUAUGUCUGCAAAGACUGUCACCACUGAUGUCUCCUCACCAACUACCACGACUGCCGUUACUACCUACACUUCUGGUGGAAAGGCUGUUACCAGCAGUUACCUCCUUGUCGAAGAACCUGCUAUGUCUGCAAAGAUUGUCACCACUGAUGUCUCCUCGCUAACUACCACGACUGCCGUUACUACCUACACUUCUGGUGGAAAGGCUGUUACCAGCAGUUACCUCCUUGUCGAAGAACCUGCUAUGUCUGCAAAGACUGUCACCACUGAUGUCUCCUCACCAACUACCAUGACUGCCGUUACUACCUACACUUCUGGUGGAAAGGCUGUUACCAGCAGUUACCUCCUUGUCGAAGAACCUGCUAUGUCUGCAAAGACUGUCACCACUGAUGUCUCCUCGCUAACUACCACGACUGCCGUUACUACCUACACUUCUGGUGGAAAGGCUGUUACCAGCAGUUACCUCCUUGUCGAAGAACCUGCUAUGUCUGCAAAGACUGUCACCACUGAUGUCUCCUCGCUAACUACCACGACUGCCGUUACUACCUACACUUCUGGUGGAAAGGCUGUUACCAGCAGUUACCUCCUUGUCGAAGAACCACUGAAUACGCUUUUUUCGUUGACAACAAGUGACCAUCAUAACUUUUGGGAAUAUAGCAAUUCAACUGUUACCAGUUCUAGUUGGCUUGAUCAGACUUCAUUUGAAACAGCUACUGUGACUACAGAAAUUGGGUGCUCCUCUAAAACUACUAACGAGAUAAUCCUAACGCUUCACGGGAAGACAUUUACCACAAGUCUUGUUGAUGAAGUUCCAGCUUCAAGUAGUAAAACUUCUGCUUCCGCACCUUACACAUCUUCUUUUGGUUCUAGUGUUACAUUAAUGGUAGAUGAGGAACCAGCAUCAAGUGUUUCCGAAGAGUUUGCAAUCCAAACUAACAACAACUUCAGAUCCUCAAGUGCUAUGUCUAACCCUGUUGUUGAAAUCAGCAGAGUGCAAACGACAAUUCCUUCCACUUCGACAUCCAUACCAUUUUCAAGCGCAUCCCCAGAUUUAUAUGUUUAUGAGGGAUCCGGCUCUCAAAUAAGAUAUAGUCUUCAAUUAUUAUUAUCGGCUCUCCUCCUUUUUCUAUUUUGA